AUGUGCAGAUCCCCAAGUUGCAAUGAUAUUGGUAUGAACAACACUGCCGAUGAAAGACGGGCAGCCAUGUUGUUCUUCGAAUCUGUUUCUGGACUCGACCAUUCAUUUCACAUCAGGAGUGAAGCGACCCAAGACCACUACAGGCACAUCGUCGAGGACUUGGAUCGGCUCACAGCAAUGUUCACAUAUGCAGAUGAGCAGCAGGAUGCAGCAGUCAAGAAGGAGGAGAAAAAGCAGAAACGCAUACAACAAAUGGAACUGGCUUUUAGCAUCAUCACGGCUGUCUUCCAACUGUUUACCACGGCUGCCAACAUCCUGAAUUAUAGGCCAGGAACUCUUACAGCUAUGUUCAACAAGUUCCCUAGAGCACAAAGUCUUGCCAAUAAAUGGCAGCGGGGUCUUAGUGCGAUGAGUAACAAAUUCCCAAACGCUAGCAGGCUUGCAAAAUUUGCGAGCCGCAGGAAACCCGGCGAUGGCCUACUUCGCGAAAAGUCAAUCGAAAACUCACAGAAGCUGUGGACAAUUACCAGCGGAGGUUGGCUAGGUAUGCAAGGUUUGACCAAGGAAGUGGUCAAAGAGAUCAACCACAAGAAAGAUCUCCACGGGUUCGAAAAGACUCUGGAUUCUGUACGUGCGGCUUUGGUUGAGCUCGACACCUUUGCAGUUGACGAAGUGCUGGAAGGGAUGGCACUCCUUUCCUUGGGCUACGAAACGCACAAUGGUCAUAACAUCGUCGAUCUAUUCGAAAAAGACUUUUUCUUUGGUGCCAACGUUUACUUUCGGGCCUGGAUUCAAUAUGUAAUUGGGAUGAAGUCCUACGCUACCAUAAUAAGCGCCCUUUGGAAAACUGAGGGCGUAUACAUCGUUGAGAGUCUUACUCAUUCUGGUCAAAACUGCGACCAAGACAACCGGGGACCAAGGUCCAACAAAGUGUGCCUUGAAGAACGUCCCAACAGAUCAUACUGGACUUACGCAAUGUCCAACUACGACGAUAAGAAGACACGAAGUCCUCCAGGAUGGGAAUUCCUCACAAGCGAAGAGGGAUUUCAUGGUCUCUACGAGACUGACGUAGUUAGAUCCGCGCUUUGGCGAGGGGAGGUAUGGUACCCGCAUCGUGACAAGCAAGAGGAACUCGGAUGCCGCGACGAGCCUACAGCUCCUGAACCACCAGAGGUAUAUGCUGAAGGGGUGAACGCCACAAGCCCAUCUGAGUUAAAUCCCACGAAUGAUCUUGCCUCAGGAGCAAUACCACAUCUGACGGAUUACGGCAACGUUCCUGAUGGCUUUGACAUUCCGAUAUAUGCAACAUCCUGGGAUCAACCUACCAACUGGACCUUCGCAUACACAAAGAAGUUUAUCAAGGACGGCGGGCUGUAUAACUUUGACAACUACGGGAAGAAGUGCAAAAGCUGCGACAAGUUGGGCGCCAGUUGGAAGGCGUUACUGAGACUUGAUGAAGAGGAGAAGCCAGCGAAGCACAUGAAGGAGGGUUGGAAUGGAGGCUGCGAGCCCAAAUCGCACAAGUCUCACCCACUAGGGCAACCGCAGCUCAGCGAUCCGCCAGAGACAAGUUCAUCAGCUUCAUCUACACCCAACUCUUGCACCCCAACACCCACCCGAGAGCCCAUCGUCCAAGCUACAUCUGAACUCGUCGCUCACGAAACACGGUACCCCAAGAACACUCCCAAGAACAUAACGCGGCAGGGCGAGUGCAACGGACCAUACUGCAUCGUCGACACCGUUUACGUGAUCCACGAGCAGAACUAUGAAUACAGCGUUGACUCAUCCGUCCGAGUCAGCGAACACGGCUGCUACGCGGGUGAUGACUGGUGUUUUGAGCAAUCAGCGCAUGACAUCUGCGAGUACCCUGAUGAGGACGAGAUUUCAGAUGAGGACGAAUACGAGGAGGAAGAAGAGGUCGGUGAAGACGAGGACGAAUACGCGGACUUCAUUCAAGACCAUGAACCUCAAAAUGGCACGACUGCAGACGACAAAGGCCGAGACGGCAAAACCUCAGGUGGCGAGACAGCAAAAGACAAGGAACCCACUCCCGAAAAAGACGAGAACAUGAAGAAAUUUGAAGAGGAACACAAUCGCCAGAAUGGGCGACAGAAGUGUUUCUGCGGUGGAAAUGGUAAAGCAGGUCAACACGGCAUCUCGUGCUUCGAUAAGGGCGUCACAUCUAGGACGACGACCGUCAAGGGCAGGAUGAAGCAGACACACACACCGGGCAUUUCUGCAACUGGUGCAUCGAUCGCUUCUGGUGGCGGAGCCAUACCUACCACCCAGGCAGCUCUUCGCAUUAAGACCGUGUACGAUGCUGGUGGUGAGGCCGCACCCACGACGCAACCCACCCUUCGCAUCAAGACUGUGUACCAAACCAUGAAACGAGACGUAACGCUCCAAGCGACGCCAGAAGUGCCGAGUCUUGCUGUUCCAACGGUGGCUCCGGUGUUUUCUCCUAGUAGCUAUGGUUCGCUCGCUUCUCACUCGAGGGUGACGAUGGGCUGA